AUGGAUGGUUAUGUAGUGGCUGCCACCAGUGCAUCUGAAACUCUCACUGAUCUGCUGAAAGCUCAUCAGGCAAUUACCCAAGCCUCCUGGCAGGACACUUUCCUUGGCUUAUGGAUUGCAGCUUUGCGACUUGUUCAAAGGGAAGGGGAAGCUGUUGAGGGUCCAGUACCUCGCCUUGAUACAUGUUUAUGCCUGCUAUUAUGUACGACAACUCUUGCAGUUGUUAAUAUUAUUGAAGAAGAGGAGAAUGCUUUGCUUCAAGAAGAUGAUGAUAAACAUGCACAUCAAGGGAGCGAAACACAAAUUCUUGGAAAUUGUCGCAAGAGCCUUGUUUCUAGUCUACAACAGUUGGGUGAUUUGGAAGGCUUACUGACCCCACCACCAUCCGUGACUUCCAUAGCAAAUCAAGCAGCUGCAAAAGCUAUUAUGUUUUUCUCGGGUAUACCGGUUGGAAGUGGUUACCUUGAUGGUGUGAGCUUCAAUGACAUUCCAGUCAAUUGUGCUGGAAAUUUGAGACAUCUGAUUGUUGAGGCAUGCAUUGCAAGGAAUCUUUUGGACACAUCAGCAUAUUUGUGGCCUGGCUAUGUGAAGGGACACAGCAACCAAAUACCUCGUGCUGUUUCUGGCCAGAUGCCUGGCUGGUCUUCAUUGAUGAAAGGGUCUCCUUUGACUACUCAAAUGAUGCAUACUCUGGUAUCAGUUCCAGCUUCAAGCUUAGCAGAGAUCGAGAAAAUAUACGGAAUUGCAAUCAACGGUUCAGAUGAGGAGAAGAUUUCUGCUGCAACUGUCCUAUGUGGAGCAUCCCUGACCCGCGGUUGGAAUAUACAGGAACAUAUUGGGUCUUUCAUCAUUAAGCUAUUGGCACCUCCAGUUCCUGUGGAUUAUUCUGGGAGCGAGAGCCAUUUGAUAGUUUAUGCUCCCAUGCUAAAUGUUCUUCUUGUUGGGAUAUCAUCUAUUGAUUGCGUUCAGAUUAUUUCUUUACAUGGCUUGGCCCCACAUCUUGCUGGUGUGUUGAUGCCCAUAUGUGAGGUUUUUGGAUCAUGUUCGCCUACAGUUUCUUGGACACUUCCAACCGGGGAACAUUUAUGUCCCCUUGCUGUAUUUUCAAACGCAUUCACUCUUCUUCUAAAGCUAUGGAGGUUUCAUCAACCACCUCUUGAACAUGUGAUGGGGGAUGUAACCCCUGUAGGAUCCCAGCUAACACCAGAGUUCCUCUUGCUGGCACGCAAUUCCCAGUUAGCAUCAUGUGUCAAUUCACUUGAUCCAAAAAACAGAAGGGGGAUUUUUGGGAGGAGUAAUCUGUCAUCUUUAGAGCCGAUAUUUUUGGAUUCUUUUCCAAAACUGGCGUUUUGGUACAAACAGCAUCAAGCGUGUAUUGCUUCAACUCUCUCGGAUCUUAAACCUGGAACUUCUGUGUACCAAAUUUUUGAUGCCCUUUUGAAUAUGAUGUUUAGAAAAAUGAAUAGAGGUGGUCAGUGUACUUCAACAUCUGGGAGCAGUAGUUCAUCUGGAUCCAUACCGGAGGAUUGCACUCUUCGUCUUAAGCUUCCUGCUUGGGAUAUUCUGGAAGCUGUUCCUUUUGUGCUUGAUGCUGCUUUGACAGCCUGUGCUCAUGGAAGAUUGUCUCCCCGUGAACUCACUACAGGGCUGAAAGAUCUUGCUGACUUCCUUCCUGCAUCCAUGGCAACUAUAGUAAGUUACCUUUCAGCAGAAACAACACGGGGUCUAUGGAAGCCUGCAGCCAUGAAUGGGACUGAUUGGCCAAGUCCUGCCACAAGUUUAGCCAUGGUCGAGAAAAACAUGAACAAAAUAUUGUCCGCCACUGGUGUCGACGUUCCAAGUCUUUCUGCAGGGGGGACUACUCCAACACUUCCUUUACCUAUGGCUGCCCUAGUGAGCCUGACAAUAACCUAUAAAGUGGAUAAAGUCUCUGAACCUGUCCUAAACCUAGCUGCCCCAGCCUUAAACACCCUCGGGGCAAGCUGCCCGUGGCCUUGCAUGGCCAUCAUCUCUGCUCUUUGGGUUUCAAAGGCCAAACGUUGGACUGAUUAUCUGGUUUUCUCCGCAUCCCGGACUGUAUUCCAUCACAGCAGUGACGCCGUUGUCCAGCUUCUGAGAGUUUGCUUCUCAUCAGCCAUCGGCCUACCCAUCUCCUGUGGUGGUGUCGCCUCCGCCGGUGGUGCCGGUAGUCUUCUCGGCCAUGGCUUCGGGUCCCACUGUUCUGGCGGGAUUUCUGCAGUGGCCCCCGGAAUCCUCUACUUGCGAGUCCACCGUAGCGUGCGAGACAUCAUGUUUAUGACGGAAGAAAUCGUGUCUUUAUUAAUGCAUACAGUCAGAGAUAUCGUAUCAUUGGAAGUACCGAUUGAAAAACUGAGAAAACCCAAAAACGGGAUGGUGAUGAGAUACGGAGAGGUUUCAUUAUAUUCAGCCAUGACCCGUAUCAAGCUAGCGGCCUCCCUCGGGGCCUCCCUUGUCUGGAUCACGGGCCGGUUAAAUUUGGUACAAUCUUUAAUCAAAGAAACGUUACCUUCGUGGUUCAUAUCCGGCCACAAAUCUGACCCGAGUAAAGGUGACUCAGGCGGGAUGACCGGAAUGCUGAUGGGGUAUGCGUUAGCAUACUUUGCGGUGCUUUCGGGGGCGUUUGCGUGGGGCGUCGACUCCACAUGUUCUGCAUCUAAAAAACGGGCAGUUAUUCUUGGGGGGCAUUUGGAAUUUAUGGCGAGUGCACUUGAUGGGAAGAUAUCACUUGGGUGUAAUAAAGCAACAUGGAGGGCGUAUGUGUCGGGUUUUGUGAGCUUGAUGGUGUUGUGUGCACCCAAGUGGGUAGGUGAGGUGGAUGUGGAAGUUUUGAAGAGGCUAAGUAAGGGGUUGAGGAAGUGGGAUGAGGAUGAGCUUGCUUUGGCAUUGCUUGGUAUUUCUGGAGUGCAUGCAAUGGGUGCAGCUGCUGAAAUGAUAGUCAAAUCUUCAGUUUAAUCAGGAGGUAGGAAGGACUGGGCUAGUUUGUUUCUUUGUGUACAUAUAAAACAAACGCCCUUACGCUAAAAGGUCCAUUGGUGGUAACUAUAUAGUCUUAGACUGAGCACAGCACAGCACAACACUGCACACAGGAAAGGAAAUAUUUACCCAGAUGUUUGUGUACUGGUCAUGACGUUAAGUUUGUUACAUGUCCUUUCUGUUCUUUAUUGGUAAAACAAGUAUCAUUCAUGUCAAUGAAACCGUUUUGUUAGUUAAAUUGUGUAUUAGAAACAGAGUUAACUUUAUUAUAUGUUUUAUACAACUCUAGUCUAGUGUUAGGGCUCAUACACCACGAUGAAACAUUGGCCGAUCAAGUACACCAAACAUACACUCAAAACUGUGUAGAGCUUUACCGCCUCACCUCAAAGAGCAACAGCAACAGAAUCAGUAGUGUGAAUUUUGUCUGAUCAAAAUCUCAUCUAUAUUAAGAUACCCUGUGAAACACUGCUCUUUAGUUGGUUAAUCAUGUGAGAAAUUUUGACUAGGAACAAGAGAGGAGUCAGCCACUAAGUUAGGUUGAUGGGUAUGAGUUGGAUUAACUUGAAAUAUGGUCCUAAAUCUUGUAUUCCAGUUAAAGCCGCUUGAAACUGAUGUAUAUCCAAUUUUCACAUUCCC